GGUGUCACUGUGAACUGUUAAAAUGCAGUGAAAGGACACCUAAUGUUUUGAAUUGUGCAACAGAACACAGAGGAAGUGUGUUUUAUAAAGUCGCAGGGCUUUACUGUCUUCUAAUCAUCAGUGUGCACCGCAGUAGAACUUCAACUGAAGAAUACAGCUGACUUACAAUGCUUGAUCUCCCAGCUCUGUCUGUGACCUGGACCCUGGUGCUUCUGGUCAUAACUCUCCUGUUUAUUUAUGGUGUUUGGCCACAUGGAUUUUUUAAGAAACUGGGAAUCCCAGGACCAAGGCCUUGGCCUUUCUUUGGCACGUUUCUCUCAUACACUAAAGGUUUUUUCAAUUUCGAUAUGGAGUGUGCUAAGAAGUAUGGAAAAGUUUGGGGGAUCUAUGAUGGAAGGCUCCCAAUAUUAAUGGUUACUGACCUGGAAAUGAUCAAAGUGAUUAUGGUGAAAGAAUGUUAUUCAACCUUCACUAACAGAAGGGAAACAAAUGCAGACCUUGCUGGCCCCUUUGCUGAUGGAAUAACUGUAGUUAAAGAUGAGAGAUGGAAGAGAAUCCGCAGUUCACUCUCUCCAUAUUUCACAAGUGGUCGACUGAAGGAGAUAUUUCCCAUAGCUGUGACGCAUGCAGAUCGUUUUAUUAAAAAUAUGCAAAAGAAAGACGAGCAGCCAGUUAAAGUGAAAGAAGUUGUGGCUCCGUACAGUUUGGAUGUGGUCACCAGCUCCUCCUUUAGCGUCGACAUCGACUCCAUAAACAACGCAGAUGAUCCUUUCGUGACCAACAUCAAGAAGUUUUUCAAGUUCAGUCUGUUCAAUCCUCUCAUUCUGAUUUUAGCUUUAUUUCCCUCCGUUGCAAAUCUUUUGGGAAAAAUGGGGAUAAGUCUUUUUUCAAGGUCGUAUUUGGAAUUUUUCUAUAAUGUCCUGAAAAAGAUUAAGGACGAGCACAACAAGGAAUCAAAUGGUCGGGUAGACUUUCUCAAACUCAUGCUCCAGAAUCAAAUACCUGGUGAUCAUUUUGAGGACACAGAUGAGCAACCAGCAAAAGGACUAACAGACCACGAGAUUCUCUCCCAGUCCCUCGUUUUCAUUCUCGGAGGUUAUGAGACGACAAGCACCACUCUCACUUACCUCCUCUAUAAUCUUGCAACUAAUCCAGACUGCCUGGAAAAGCUGGUUGAGGAGAUUGACACAAACUUCCCUCCUGAUACUCCCAUCACAUAUGAUGCAUUGAUGAAAAUGGAUUACUUGGAAAUGGCCAUCAACGAAUCAAUGCGUCUCCUUCCCACUGCACCACGCUUAGAAAGGUCCUCUAAGAAAACUGUGGAGCUCAAUGGGGUGACCAUACCAAAGGACACUCUGGUUGGAAUUCCAACAUAUGUCUUGUGUCGUGAUCCGCAACUCUGGGAGUCUCCUGAUGAGUUCAGACCAGAGAGGUUCAGCCCAGAGAGUAAGUCAGAGAUAAACCAGUACGCUUUCCUGCCUUUUGGUCUCGGGCCUCGAAAUUGCAUUGGAAUGAGAUUCGCCCAAAUGAUCAUGAAGCUUCUUGUUGUGAAGCUGCUUCAGAACUUCAACAUGGAAACAUGUAAAGAGACACAGAUCCCUCUAGAGAUGAAUGCCGCUUUUCAGCCGAAGGUUCCCAUCACACUGAAGUUUAUACCAAGAUCUCACAAGGCAAAACAAUAAUGCAAUGCAAAACAGUUAUAAACAUUAUAUAAUUAUGAAUAAU